AUGCUAAGAUUCUCUAUCCAAAGAUCAACUCGGUAUUUCUCGACCUCAAUACCCCGUCAGCAGCAACAUCUCACCGAUGUCGCCAUCAUUGGUGCCGGUCCCGCAGGUCUAUCGUUAGCCGCUGCUCUCAAGGCCAACCCAACCACAAAAUCUCUUUCAGUUGGCCUCAUUGAAGGCUCAUCGCUCGACCCUGUAAAGAAUUUUUCACAAUCUCCACCAGAGAAUUUCACUAACAGAGUUAGCUCCAUCACCGCCCAGUCGGUAGAUUACUUGGAACACAUUGGUGCUUGGAAGUUUAUUGAUCAAGCGAGAAUCGAACCAUUUGAUAAUAUCGUCGCAUACGAUGGUCUUUCCAACUCCAGAAUAGAGUUUGACAACAUGGAAAUGGGUACAAUGUGUGAAAAUAUCAACUUGCAAAGUUGUUUGUUGCAAAGAAUUGAAGAAUUAAACGACCCAACAUUGAAAAUAUGGGAUUCUACCAAAGUCACAAAUAUUGCCAACGAUACAGACGAUGCCGCCAAUGGCUGGCCGGUAAUUCAAUUGUCCAAUGGGGAUUCCGUGAAGACUAGACUAUUAGUGGGAGCCGACGGUUUCAAUUCUCCAGUUAGGAAAUUCGCGGCCAUUGAGUCUCGGGGCUGGGCGUACGACAGAUUUGGGGUGGUUGCCAGUUUGAAAUUGAAAUACGAGGAUUAUAGACUGAUUGCCUGGCAACGGUUCUUGCCAACCGGUCCGGUUGCCUUGCUUCCUUUACCAGAAAAAAAUGCCACCAUGGUAUGGUCCACCACCCCCGAACUUUCGAAACUUCUUGUUGGGUUGCCAGAAGAUGUUUUCAUUGCGUUAGCCAAUUGUGCCUUUGUGCUACCUCAAGUUGAUUUGAAUUACUACUACACUCUUGCGCAAAAUGAAGAAUAUGAUGAGUUGUUGCUGGACAUCAAAUGGCGGUUCGAAAACUACACUUCUAAACCAACUAUCGACAUUGAGGAUUUCCCAAUUGCGUUGGAAUCUGUCAUCCCUCAAUCGCGUGCCAGAUUCCCAUUGAAAUUAUCGCAUGCCGAUAGUUAUGUGAGCAAUAGAGUUGCCUUAGUAGGUGAUGCUGCCCAUACCACCCAUCCUUUGGCCGGUCAAGGUUUGAAUAUGGGUCAAGGAGAUGUCAAGUCAUUAGUAGAAUCGCUUGAACUUGCAAUGAAGCGUGGUUUGGAUAUUGGUAACUUGUUAGCCCUCGAACCAUAUUGGGCCCAAAGAUGGCCAGAAAACCAUGUUUUGCUCGGGGUGGUUGACAAAUUGCACAAGUUAUAUAGUAUUGACUGGUCACCAGUGGUUGCUGUGAGAUCAUGGGGGUUGGAUGUUGUGAAUUCAUUGCCAAUGUUGAAAGAUUUUAUGAUGAAGCAAGUCUCAGGUAAAUAA